CAGAAUUGUAUAGGUGCGUUGGAUGGAACUCACGUACAAGCUGUGUUGCCUGUCCGUGAUACGGGCACAUAUUAUGGCCGAAAAGGUUAUCCAACCCAAAAUAUACUAGCUGUAUGCGACUUUGACAUGUGCUUUAUUUUUAUUUCUUGCGGCUGGGAUGGAAGUAUGCAUGACAGUCGCAUCUUUAAGGAAGUAAUUGAAAAUCAGCGUGCACCGUUUCCGCACCCACAAGAAGGUAAAUAUUACCUUGUUGAUGCGGGAUAUCCAAACAAGAAGGGGUACCUGGCACCAUUCAAAGGGUCUCGGUAUCAUCAAGCACAAUUUCGGGAACAUGGACAACCCGAUAACCCGAGAGAAAUGUUUAACAAAGCGCAUGCGUCACUAAGGAGUGUAGUGAAAAGGACUUUUGGAGUGUGGAAAUCUCGGUGGAAGUUCCUGCACAACAUGCCGGACUAUGAUUUCGCGACGGUGCAAGUGCCGUUGGUCGGUGCAUCAAUGGCCUUACACAAUUUCAUUCGUAGACACGAGAUAGCUGCCUUGGGCAACGACAGACAUUAUUUUGUUUCAUCAGCGCCCGAUGACAUGCCCGACGUUCACGCCGGUGGACAAAAUGUCGAUGAUGGGCUCAUGGUUGGGGACACAGAUGUGGAUAUGGCAAGAGUUCGUGUUCGCAUACGCGACCAUUUGUUUUACAUACGGAGUUUGGGACUAAUGUGAAUAUGCUUUUUUCGAUAUUUUCUUUAUGUUAUGGAAUGUGACCCACGUAGCAAGCCAUUGGACUUAUGUUCGUAUUUGUAAUGCAUACUAUUCGAACUGCAGUAUCUUCAAUGUUUGUAAUGUACUUAUACAUUUUAAUUAAUUAGAUCGUCCUUUACAUUCAUUCAA